CAUGGCGUGCCGAAACCCGGGCACCGAGCUGGAACUUGGCUGGAUCUCAAAGGUGCAUGUGAAUCGACCUGCAGUUGUGAGGCAUGCAGAACGAAUUAAAAAAUGGAGAGCUGUGAAAGGUAAUUGGCAAGCUGCUUGGCUGCUGAAAGCCGUCACCUGCAUAGACCUUACCACUCUUUCAGGCGAUGAUACUCCUUCAAAUGUUCACAGACUGUGUUUUAAAGCAAAGCAUCCCAUCAGAGAGGAUCUGCUGAAAGCCUUGGAUAUGCAUGAUAAAGGUAUUACUGUCGGAGCGGUUUGUGUAUAUCCCGCAAGAGUCACCGAUGCUGUUAAUACCCUAAAGGCUGCUGGUUGUAACAUACCAGUAGCUUCAGUGGCUGCUGGGUUUCCAUCCGGACAAACUCCUCUAGAAACCAAACUGGCUGAAAUAAAGCUAGCUGUGGAAUACGGUGCCAGAGAGAUUGACAUUGUCAUUAGCAGGAGUCUGGUGCUGACAGGCCAGUGGGAAGGUCUCUACGAGGAGAUCCGUCAGUGCCGUGAGGCCUGUGGCGAAGCUCAUAUGAAAACAAUCUUGGCAACAGGUGAACUGGGGUCCCUUGCUAAUGUCUACAAAGCCAGUAUGAUAGCUAUGAUGGCAGGUUCUGAUUUUAUAAAGACGUCUACAGGAAAGGAGGUGGAAAAUGCAACCUUUCCAGUCGGAGUAGUCAUGAUGCGAGCCAUUAGAGAAUUCUACUGGCAAACUGGCCACAAGGUUGGAUUUAAACCUGCUGGGGGCAUUCGGACGGCAAAAGAAGCUAUUAUUUGGCUUAUGCUGGUGAAGGAGGAACUGGGAGUGGAAUGGCUAACACCGGAGCUCUUCCGCCUGGGUGCCAGUAGUUUGCUGGAAGACAUUGAGAAACAGAUUUUCUAUCAUGUGACUGGCUCUUAUGCACUUCAGCAUGACCUGGCAAUGGCUUAGACACAAAAUAAACUCAGGAUUACUUUUACAAAAGAGGUCUUUAAGCAAACAGCAUUCAGAAGUCUUCUGACAACCAACUGCAUAUCAUAGAAUUAAAGGCCUAAUUCUCCCUUUUUCAUAUUUUAUAGUAUUUAAAAAUAUGCUCAAGUCUGCUGGUUGUACUUGAUCCAAAAGCAGAAAAAAUGGUAAUUCUGAAAUAGUUAAAUAGUUAAUAUUUACAGAUUUGCAAAGUUAAUCUUGCAAAGUCUUCCUCAGACCAGCCUGAAAACCUUAUUAAUGGUAACAUUGAAAUACUAUGAAAAAGAUUUAGGUGGCCUGGUAACACUUUGCAGUUGCAGAAUAUGAAAUAUCUAUGGAAUAUUUCAGAUUGCUCAUUAAUAGCUACAGAUCUUGGAAUAGCUUUCUAUUCACCUCAGACAAAAUCUUCUGCCACAGAUGUGUUGCACUAUUAAUUGUUACGUUGAUUCGGUUUCAAGCAUUGUAACCUGAGAAAAUGAAACUUGGCUAUUACUUUCUUUU